UCUUAGCAAAGAUGGGAUGGUCAUGACUGGAUCAAUUUUGAUCCUUACUCUUCUCAGUCGGGACUGAUCUUAGAAAUAAACAACAAAGACACGGUACGAGUCAACGAGGAAGGGCUCCUUUACGUGGUCGUUUGCCUUUACUCAAAAUAUCAGCCAAAUCUCCUUCAUUUCACGUCCUACCGUAUUAUGAAAGGUACCACUAAAUUAUGUAGUCCUGGAGAUACUACGACUGAAAAAGAAGGCGGGACGGUCGCGGUUUUUCUUCAUUGUGCUGGUCAAUCACAACCAGCACCAGCACUCCCACCACCACCACCAUUAUCAACAACGUCAACAAUAACACACACCAAUGACCAACAAAUAGCCACGACUACAACAUACACCAACAGAUAUAACUAGAACCAUGCAAUUGUAAUCAACAACGACGACCACCACCACUAUCACCACCGCCACCACCACCACAGCAGCAGUAGCAGCAACCACCCACCAUCAAGAAUUAACACUAUCACCCCAGGUUAAGCAGGUGAAAUCAAUCAGUCAUUUAAACAGCUUGAAAGAUAGUGCGAACUGGAGCAUUAAGUGCCACUGGACACAUGUAUUAAUGAUUUAAAGAAAAAGGAAGAAGCAAAAACACAAAUACUAAAAAAAAUACACUCCUCUGCCUAUAUAUAUAUACUUGAAAUCGGCUGAAAUAACAAUUGAAGCAAUGGAGAAUACACCCGAUUUGGAAGGAGUGAAGACAGAUAAAAAGGGUGAAAAUGUAGAUGUUGGUGUAGAGCAGAAUGCAGUUACAGAAUCUAGUCAUGAUGAAGACAAACCUGAAGGAAAAGAAGAAGCCCUGCCUGAGACAUCCCAGUUGGAACCAAAGACAUCAGAAGAAAAUGAAAUGUCAAAAAAUGAGCAAUCACCAGAAGAGACAACUUUAUCAGAAGAGGUCCCCGUAGCAGUACAAUCACCUUCUAAUGAGGACACUGAACUUAAUCCAAGCUCAUCCUUUGAUAAACCUGAGCAAGAAAGUAAUCUAUCACGAGAAAAAACGUUUGACAAAUCUGAUGAAGUUAUAGAACCGAGAAAGGAUCCAAAACAGGAACCCCUUGCCAAGAGCACUCCUGAUUCAGAAUCUUCAGCAAAAGAGAAGAUUCCUGAAUCAAAAUCAGACCCCAUAUUUAAUUAUAUCGAUAACGAUCUCUCAGAAGCUUCAGAGAAAUCAAAUUCAAAAACACAAGAAUUGGAUUCUCUCAUAAAAUAUUACUUGAAGCAAGAUUCACGGAAAAACUCUGAUGGAAUUUUUAUAGCACCUGUUCACAAGGUAUGCUCUCAAAAUUCCAGGUUAAACCAGCAGUCACAAGUUAACCUGAAUUAUAGGGGUCAAGAAGAAUUUUCAUUCAGUAAUCCAGAACAUUCUUUGAACAGUGUCAUUUUAGAUUCAGUUAGAACAAGAAAACUUGCACAUGGAAUUCACCCAGUAACAUUAAAUGCCUAUUCUUCAAAACAGAAGGCUAACUCUUCCCCUCUUUGGCAUAAUGAUAAAGAUCGAAAUAAAAUCAUAGAAUCUUUGGAAAGAGCAUCUCAGAAUUACAGCCAAGCUAUGAAGACUCUAGAAGAUCUAGCAGAUAGGUUGAAGCUGUGUGAAUCUUGAAUUGGCAAAAAGAAAACUGGGCAUGAAUGUCUUAAUUAUAUUACUCAAGUGAUUGUUCAUAAAAGUUUGGAGUAACCAAAGACUUAUGAUCAUAAGUUUGAAUGUUUGAUUUGUUUCAAUUAAAAAAAAAAUUUUAUUCUCCCAUAUCUUUCUCCAUAUAUGAUGGCUGGGUGGGGGUCAUUCUUCAGUUUUAGAUAUCUGCAAACGAAUCGUUGGAACAUGUGACCUUACAGUUUCAUAUUUGUCUCUUUUCAAUAAGUAAUCGGUUGUGAAAUACAAUGGUUGCCUCUUGUGCAACUAAGCAAAUGGAUGCACAUUGAGAAAUGUAUAUUGCUUAAUGGGAUAACAGAGUGGGUACCAUAAUUACUAUUCUAGUAUGCAAUUGUCUGCCUUCAGAAGUCUGGACCCCAAGCUUAUGUAGAAGGUAGUAAUAAUAUGAACACUGGAGACAAUAGUAUCCCUGCUCAAACUAUACUUUUGGUGAAUUUAUUUACUAUUCAUGAACUAAGUCUAACUUGAUUAACAUAGACUGAAAAAUAGUAAUUUUAACUUUUUUUUUUUACAUUUGACUGAUUAUUACCAUUUGAUGCAUCAACUGUUUUACUGAUCGGGAAAGAAUUCAUGGAAAUAUCUAAAAAGAGCAAACAUUUGAAAUUGGAGUUAAUUGAAGAAGAAGAAUACAAAGCAAACCAAAGAGAAAAUUCUUUAAAUUAUAAAAUAAAAAAUAAAUUAUGAAUU